CUUGUGCACUCAAAAACACUUAAAAGUAGGGGAAAAAUUAGUAUAACUACAACCAACAUUACCCUGUUUGGUCAAUAUAUAGCUCACCUUACAAAUUACAACACUUUUACAAGAAAACAUGCAUCAAAAUUCACAAAUAUCUAUCAUCAAACAAACAUCUAAGGUUGGUAAGUUUGUUUAUCUUCUUUUAAAUCAUCUCCCUAUUCAACUCCCUCACUAUACAUUCUUCUAAUCCUACAUUUUCCUCUAAUAUCAUCUGUUCUUCCUCUAUUACCUUAGAUCCAUGAAUCUUCCAGUGACGACACAGGAUCCGGGUGGUCGAAAUGACAUAUCAUACAAAAUUGAGACCCUAAAUCUAUCAUACAAACUACAUACUUCCACAGAUUACAGCUUUAACUGUUUUAGGGAUGAAAAAUCGUCGAGGCUAAUUUUACGCGAUGUGAAUUUUGUGGCUAAACCAGGGGAAAUCACGGCUAUAGCAGGGCCGAGUGGUGCAGGGAAAACGACGCUGCUAGAUAUAAUUGCAGGGAAAAUUUUACCGAAAAAUGUGUGUUCGGGACAGGUACUGAUAAACAGCUGCCCCGUCGAACCUGCAUCGUUUAGGCGGGUGUCAGGGCAUGUUACGCAAGACGAUGUUUUGUUUCCGCUGCUUACAGUAGAAGAAACGCUUGUAUACAGUGCGCUUUUAAGGUUACCGGGGGGUAGAAAAGCAGCUGUGCACAGGGUAAGGCGGCUGAUGACAGAACUCGGGCUAGAUCAAGUAGCGAAAUCAAGGGUUGGUGGGGGGUCGGAUCAUGGGAUUUCCGGUGGGGAGAAACGCAGGGUGUCUAUUGGAGUUGAACUAGUACAUGAUCCUUCGGUUUUGCUCAUAGAUGAGCCGACUUCAGGGUUGGAUUCUGUUUCCGCUCUUCAUAUAAUGUCGAUGCUUAAAUCGAUGGCCAUUAGACAACGGAAGACUAUAGUUGUAACGAUUCACCAACCUGGAUCCCGGAUCCUAGAGUUGCUUGAUCGAGUUGCUUUGCUCUCGGAUGGACUAGUCCUCCAUAAUGGCCCGCUAAGCCUUCUCGAGAGGAAGGUUCAAGUUCUAGGCCACCAUAUUCCCCCACAUGUUAACGUGCUAGAGUUUUCUAUUGCUGUCGUAAGCACCUUGGCGGGUGGUAUACAAUCCUCAAUCGAACACACCACACUGACAAAAACGGAAGAGAAUCAUAACCUUAGAAAUCUAAAUCCUAUACCCUCCUUAGGGAGCAAUAAGGCCUACCCAAAUUCUCGAUAUCGAGAAGUUAAGAUCCUCGGGGAAAGGUUUUGCAAGAACAUACUACGAACAAAGCAACUUUUUGUUGGACGAAUGAUACAAGCCAUUACAUCAAGUUUUGUACUAGGAACAAUUUACUUAAAAAGAGAAGAUAGUGAAGGGCAACUACACUUACAAACCCGACUAGGCCUUUUCGCGUUUACCCUAACUUUCUUGCUUUCCUCGACAACCGAAGGCUUACCCAUUUUCCUACAAGAAAGCAGAAUACUAAUGAGAGAAACUUCAAGAGGUGCAUACAGAGUGUGCUCCUAUGUUUUAGCCAAUUCCCUUGUGUUUCUACCCUUUCUAUUCACAGUUAGUCUACUCUAUGCUACACCCGUCUAUUGGCUCGCUGGUUUACGACCAGAUUUAGGCGCCUUUUUCUACUUCUCACUCGUUGUAUGGAUCGUGAUGCUCAUGUCCAACUCAUUUGUCGCUUGUUUUAGUGCCCUUGUGCCUAAUUUCAUCAUGGGAACAUCGGUUAUAGCAGGGCUAAUGGGCUCGUUCUUCCUCUUCUCGGGAUACUUCAUCGACAAACAAAGGAUCCCGAAUUAUUGGAAAUUUAUGCACUAUUUAAGCUUGUUCAAGUAUCCAUUCGAGUGUUUUAUAAUCAACGAAUAUGGAGGCGAUAGAGGGAAGUCGAGAUGCCUACAGAAAGAUCUAAGUGGGUGUACGUUAUAUGGUGAUGAGUUCUUAAGACAGCAAGGUUUGCAAGAAUCACAAAAGUGGACUUAUCUUGCUGUAAUGUUAGGGUUCAUAGUUGGGUACAGAUUACUAUCUUUUCUGAUUCUGUGGUACAGAUGCUAUAGAAGUAGAGAUUAGAAACUAGUAUAUGAGUAAAAAAAAUUAAAAAAAAAUUAAAAAAAAGUAAGAAAAAAGUUUUAUUUUCAUUGAUUUAUUGUUGAUAUUGCUUAAUAUUGUUUCUUUUGACAAAUUUUAUUUAUGAUGCACUAUGUAACUAUUUUCUGACAUUCCUUGUGAAACAUGUUUUUUUUCCUAAGGAUGAGCAAUAAAA